AGAUUGCCUCUGUUUAGGAAAACAUGCACUAAAUGAAACAGGCCAGAGAUAUGUGAUGCUAUUGGGAUCAAAUUGAGAGUCUUGCUAAUUUUUCCUGUAUUAAGUUCACUAAAUAUUGGAAGGUGUCACUAUAGCUUCUUCAUAUCAAAGGGAAUGUAACACUUUGCCUCACCUCCACUUGUGGAAUUUGCUAUGCCAGUGGGAUCAGGCUUGGUAUAUAAAGCUACCACGUUAGAUCUUUUCCCCAUUCGGGCAGCUUGCAGCCUUGCAGAACAAUCUCUUCUCCACUUGAGAGAUUUAGGUGCGCUUUUCUGAAGUCAGUUGAUAAGCCAAGGAUGGCUCUGAGUCUUCGCUGGGCAGUAACUUGCUCCUUUUUCAUAGCUACCACUGUCAGUGGAUUUACCCAGAAAGAACUCAAACAGAUUUUAUUGGAAAGGCUCGGACUUCCUGAAGUUCCAGCUCUUCGCAGGACAGACCUGGAGAAACUCAUCAUCCCAGAGCAUGUAAGAAAUAAAUACAUGUCCAUGCUAAAGCAGCACCACAUCAAACGAAGAGCCUUACCAAGUCUAGCCGGGAUCUUGAGAGGGAUUCCUGGCAAUGCAGAUAUUUCAGGAGAAGUUCUCUAUUCAGACACCACCCGCCAGAAGCUGAUCUUCGACAUGGAGGGCAGGAUACCAGAAAACAGUGAAGUUACCAUGGCUGAGCUGAAGCUUUUCAAAAAGCCACUGGAAUGGGCACAGCUGCCCAGGCGUCAGUCUCAGAGGCCAGUCACAAAUGCCAGGGUGAGCGUGUACUGGGUGCAGCCUCAAGAGAAUGGCAUCAACCGAACUUCUUUGAUUGAUUCCAGGUUAGUUGCAGUUAUGGAAUCUGGCUGGAAGAAUUUUGAUGUAACCCAGGCUGUGCAUUAUUGGCUAAAGACCAAGAGACAGGGACCAAUGUUCCUGGAGAUCUGGAUUGAAGGAGAGCGAUUAGGCAGCUAUGCAUCUGAGAUGGCCAGAGUUGUGCGCUUUACUUCGCAGGACCCUUCUGAUCAAGCCCUGGGAAAACCUGAGUUGGUGCUUUACACACUCAGUCUGGAGGAAUAUGGAGGACCUGGAGAUUGUAAAGAGGAAACCUUGAAAGAGAGGACCAUCUGCUGCCGGCAGGAACAUUACAUCAAUUUUCGUGAGCUGACUUGGACUCAGUAUUGGAUUAUUGAACCAGCUGGCUACCAGGCUUACCACUGUGUGGGUAUCUGCCGGCAGCCCAAGAACUUGCUGCUCCAUUUUGGUUAUGGAGAGAGAACCUGUGCUGUGGUAGAAAGUUCUCCACUUCCCAUGAUGUACCUUGUCAAGAAGGGCAACUAUACAGAAAUUGAAGUAGCAGAGUUCCCUAAUAUGAUUGUAGAAAAAUGUGGCUGUAUUAUGGACAAUAUAGCAGUGGUCUAGCUACAAGCACUCUG